UCAUCUGUCACUCGGCAAUAUUUGUGCUUUGUUUAUUUGCUUGAGAUUGUGAAAUACUGUUUUAUUUAUUAAAAUGGCAAAGAAAGGCAUUGAAGAAAUAGAUUUGUAUGCGAUACUUGAUGUCCAAAUUACUGCAACUGAUUCUGAGAUUAAAAAAGCCUACAGGAAAAAGGCUUUACAAUGCCACCCCGACAAAAAUCCAGAUGAUCCAAAGGCAGCAGAAACAUUUCAUGAGCUUUCCCGCGCUUUGGAAAUUCUUACUGAUGUCUCGGCGCGAGCAGCCUACGACAAAGUGCUCAGAGCAAAAGAAGCAGCUAAGCUCCGACACCAAGCACUAGACAGCAAACGACAGAAACUGAAAGAGGAUCUGGAACGCAGAGAACGCGAGGCAGGUUCUGGAAGUCAAAGUAACCUUACUGAUGAACAGAAACUUGCUAUGGAAAUUGAUAGAUUACAGAAAGAAGGAAGUCGCCUACUACAGGAGGAGCAGAAGAGGAUGAAAGAAGAGAUUAGGAGAACAAUGGCGCAUGUGAGCCAGCCUGUGUGGGACUCAGCAUUGAACCGGAUUAAAAUUAAAUGGAAAGCUGACAAAACUGAUCCUAGUAAUGGAGGUUAUGAUGAAGCAACGUUAAGAAGAAUAUUAAAGAAAUAUGGAGAUAUUGUUGCUCUUAUCAUAUCUCCUGCAAAGAAAGGUGUGGCUUUAGUUGAAUAUUCAACCAAAGAGGCAUCAGAAAUGGCUGUUGAUUUUGAAAAGGGGCUACCUGAGAACCCUCUUACAUUGAAAUGGGUUAAUGAGAGGCCAGUGUUAACUACAAAGAAAGACUUGGGAGGUCCAUCAUUAGUUUCUGAUAGAGACUAUGAAUCACUAGUAUUAGCCAAGGUCAGGCAAGCUGCUGAAAGACAAAGACUGAUAGAAGAAUUGAAAAAAGAAGAAAACCAAGGAAUGUAAUUUGUUGUAAAUAGAAAACAAUAAAGAUC